AUGGACGAAAAGAGGAAAGUGAAGAAAGCAACACCAGAAGCUCUUCAAAAACGUAAGGAAGGUAGGCUUAAAGCUGCUGCUACUAUGGCUUCUAAUUUGAAAAAAAUCGGGAUCAUGAGAGUUGAUGAUGAAAACAAUUUCCCAACUACAAAUAUCAAAUCUAUACCAUUAAUCAAUCAAAAAAAUUAUUUCACAGAUUAUCUUAAAAAAGAUGAACAAAUCAGCUUUAUAAGAAAUUGGAGGACCGAAAAGUUGUUGAAACAAAAGUUGAAGAAAUUGAAUGCCAGUGGAGGCAAAAAGAUCGAAAUCAAAAAUUUCGAUAAUUUCAAUUUGAACGAAAUUGAAGAAGAAAUGAAGAAGAAACAACUAGAAAUGGACGGCGGUAAAAUUGAUGAUGUUAAUGAUACAGUCCAGAACAAUGACGACGACGAUGAAGAUGAUGACGAUGAUGAAGAGAACGAAGCCGGCGAAGGUGAAACUGAAGAGGUAAUCGCAGAAAAGGCAAGAAUUGGUGGUGAUGUAAUAGUCAUCCACCCGGGGUCUUCCAACUUCAGAAUUGGUAAGGCUACCGACGCUGUCCCAUUAACCAUUCCAACUGUAGUUGCCGUUGCCCAAGCUUCAAAACCUGAAGAUUACCUACCAGUAAGUCCUGAACGAGAAAUGUCAAAAGAUGGAGUAGCAGAUUUUGGUGAAGACUUUGAAAAUAUUAAAUCAGAAAUGACCAAGAAUUUUAAAGCAAGAAUGAGGUUCUAUAAACGUAGAAUCUUACCAAAUUCAAGAGAGACUGCUGCAAAUUAUAAUAAACGUCAAGAACCAGAAUUAAUUCCUGAUCAUAAUGAUCCUCAUAAAAAAGAUUGGAUUGACUUGGAAGACAUUAAAGACAAACAAUUCUUGGUUGGUGAGGAAGCAUUGAAAUUACCCAUCAGCGAAAAAUUCACCAAUUGGAAAUUAAGAUAUCCAAUCAUCAAUGGUAAAUUCAACGAGAAUAAGAAGACUUACUCAUCCAAACAAGAGAUUUUGGGUGAUUUGACCAACCUUGUUAACUAUGCAUUGGAUAAUUUAGAUAUUGACAAGACUAAGUUAUCAGAAUAUAAAUGUAUCCUCAUUAUACCAGAUUUAUACGAUAAAAUGGUGGUUGAGAACUUCAUUGAUUUGUUAUUCAAGUUAGUUGGAUUCGGGAGAGUUGGAAUCAUUCAAGAAAGUUUAGCAGCAACUUUCGGAGCAGGUACCUCAUCAGCAUGUGUGGUUGACGUCGGAGCUCAAACCACUACUGUUUCUUGUAUCGAUGAAGGAUUAGUUAUAAAUGAUUCCAGAAUAAAAUUGAAUUUUGGUGGUGAUAAUAUCACUGAAGUAUUCAUGAAAAUGUUAUUACAACAACUGUUUCCAUAUCAAGAGAUUAACUUGAAUUAUGCUUAUGACUGGGAAUUAGCACAAACAUUGAAGCAUAAUUUUAUAACAUUUCAAGAUGCUGACAUAGCUGUACAAUUAUAUAACUUCUACAAGAGGAGACCUUUCGAAACCACUUCAAAAUACGAGUUCAAAGUUUUUGAUGAAGUGAUGUUAGCACCAUUGGGUUUAUUUUAUCCAGAAAGUUUCACAAAUAAAACCAAUAAAGAGCAUAAUUUCUUCCCACCUUCAGUUGACCAGUAUUCAUUAAAGAGUGAUAAUCCUAUUUCAAAAUCUCAAGAGAAUAUUAUCAGCGGGAACAACUUUACCAGUAUAACUGAAGAAUCAUUAUUGAGCAAAUUGAACGAAGAAACCAAAUUGUUGAAGAAUACCAACCCUUAUUCAAAAGCCAAACUAACCAAUAAAGACUUAAAUGAAUUGGAAAUCUCAUUCCCCCUUGAAAGAGCUAUUAUUGAAUCAAUUACAAACUCAGGUUUAGCAACUGACUUUGAAAAAGCUAAAAAAUUCUAUGGAAAUUUGUUGGUAGUUGGAGGAGGAUUGAGUAAAAUUCCUGGGUUUGAUCUAUUAUUAACUGAUAGAAUAAAUAUUUGGAGACCAAAGAUUUUAUCAACUUCAAAUAUCGAUGACAUCUUUGACUAUAUUGGGAAUCAAGAAAAGAAAUUAGAUUUCCAAAGACGUAAGUUAACUAACGAAAUCACUGGUGGUAAUGAUGAAGUAGAAUUGACUGAAGAACAACAACAAGAAAUUGAUGAAAAAUGCCAAAUGACUUUUGAUCUUGACUAUUUAGACUCAGUUUGUGAUAAUGCUCAAUUAAUCCCGGUCAAUGUAUUACCACCUCCCAGAGAAUUUGACCCGGAAAUGUUGACAUGGAAAGGAGGUAGUGUUUAUGGAAGAUUGAAAGUCGUUAAUGAAAUGUGGAUAACAAAGAAAGAUUGGGAUCUAUUGGCCAGUAGAUGUUUGUAUUAUAAAACUUUAUUCAACUACUGA